AUGCCGCUGCCAUCGACGAAGCCAACGCUCUAUUACCUCGAUAUCGGUAGCCUGGGUCGUGGAGAGGUUAUCCGACUGUUCUUGAAAGAUGCAGGGGUAGAGUUCAAUGAUGUCCGAUAUCCGUACGACGAUACUUGGCCCAAGGCCAGCGCAGAACUCAAGCAGAAGGGAUUAUCGGUGACUGGCCAGGUACCGGUCCUAGAGUAUGAAGGGCACAUCCUCUCACAGCAUCUACCAAUUCUGAGGUAUCUAGCUAGAGAGCUUGGCGAGUAUGACGGAAAUACGAGCCUGGAGAAGUAUCUUCUGGAUGCAGUCGCUGACGUGUAUAAUGACUGGCGAGUCCAAUGGGUGAGUAACCUGGGCAAUGUCACGGAGAAGUUUAAGAACGAGUUUGUGCCGAACUAUUACAACGUCCUAGCUACAUUUUAUGCUCAGAAGGAGGGCCCUUAUCUCUUGGGUGAAACGAUCACCUAUACAGAUUUUGUCGUCUACCAGUCGAUCGACAACGACUCACAGAUUGGAACAUUGCCGGCUUCUCUACCAGAGCCUCUCGCCAGGUUCAGAGCAGCAUUCGAGGCCCGACCUAGAGUUGCGCCGUAUCUUGCGAGCCGCCGUGGUUAA